GCUUAGUUAAGGAUCAUUACCUAAUUAUAAAUAAUUCUCCAAAAUGGAGGAUGACUGCAGCGAUGAUUACGACGAUGAGCACACGCAGCUUAUGCACGACGAGGAGACUAGAGAUACCAGUAGUGUGGUGGACCAGAAGAAGACUGUGGUUGCACAGGUUCCUGUGGUCUACAAUGUGGAAGGGGGCGGACAUACAAUUCUCUUUGCACAGCAAGUCACAGUGCAAGUUGGACAAAUGGGUCCUCCCCCAAGUUACACUCCGCAGUAUGGCGUAAAUGGGAACCCAUCUGAUAACCGUAACCGUGUCAUCAGAGUCUGGAGAUCAUGCAGGUGGCUUUUGUGCAGUUGCUUUAUCUUCUUGAUGAGCGUUGUAAUGAUCAUCCCUAUAGCUGUUGUUGGUGUGCUGUCAUGUACCACCCUCCUAUCAGGUUUUGCAAUCAGUGGGCUGGGUCUGGGUUCUAUAACUCUCAUUAUGUCCAUCGUCUGCUGUGCACACUGCUUCAAUCCGAAGGAUCCCACCGUGCAAUGCUUGUGUUGCUCAACUGUGUCAUUUCUUACCCUUGUAUUUUUGGCCACUUUGAUUGCAACAACUGUGUUUGUGGCCCUGGAUGUUAACUUCAUCAACGAAUCAGCUGGGCUUUGCCUCUCCACUGAAGUAGCUCCGGUUGUUUUGGGUUUUUCGUACUUUAUGCUACUGAUAUUUGGGCUCUUCAGUUUGUGGUCUAUUUAUACUUGCUGCAAGCGUGAUGUGAGUAGUGCUGCAGACACUGGAGUGAACUAUUUACUUUAAUAGUGUGGUAGCAGCUGUGUGUUCUGUGUCAACUAACAUUAUUAUUUGCUUGUUUAGUUAUCCCAUUUUAGAGAAAAUUAACUGAAACGAUGAA